AUGUUUGCCAAAUUGCUUUUGCUUGCUUUUCUUUUAGCAAUUAUCGGCUGCCAGGCCAGAAAGCUUGGGGGGUCUGAUGACGAGAAGGAAGUUUUUCACCAUUUGCAUGUCUAUGGGGGUGCUGGUGGCUCCGCCGGCGGCUUAGGUGGCGGUGGAGGGAACGGUGCAUAUGGGGGUGGAAUUGGAAAUGGCCACGGAGGAGUUGGGGGUGGGAUAGGGGGUGGAAAUGGAGGAUUUGGCGGCGGGGGCGGAGGUGGAGGAGGUGGAAAUGGAGGUUUUGGUGGUGGGAACGGAGGAUAUGCAGGUGGAAGUGGUGGUGGUAAUGGGAACGGAGGAUUUAAUGGUGGAAACGGAGGAUUUGGUGGGAGCGGUAGUGGAGGGAAUGGAGGUGGUGGUGGAGUAGGAAAUGGAGGUGGUGGUGGAGUAGGCAGUGGCGGUGGUGGAGGAAGUGGGGGUGGAGUGGGCAAUGGCGGUGGCGGAGGAAAUGGAGGUGGGGGUGGAGUAGGCAAUGGCGGUGGUGGAGGGAAUGGAGGUGGUGGUGGAGUGGGCACUGGCGGUGGUGUAGGGAAUGGAGGUGGUGGUGGAGUAGGCAAUGGCGGUGGUGGUGGAGGAAAUGGAGGUGGUGGUGGAGCAGGCAAUGGCGGUGGUGGAGGAAAUGGAGGUGGUGGUGGAGCAGGCACUGGCGGUGGUGGAGGAAAUGGAGGUGGUGGUGGAGCAGGCACUGGCGGUGGUGGUGGAGCAGGCACUGGCGGUGGUGGAGGAAAUGGAGGUGGUAGUGGAGCAGGCACUGGCGGUGGUGGAGGAAAUGGAGGUGGUGGUGGAGUAGGCAAUGGCGGUGGUGGUGGAGUAGGCAAUGGCGGUGGUGGAGGAAAUGGAGGUAGUGGUGGAGUGGGCACUGGCGGUGGUGGAGGAUAUGGAGGUGGUGGUGGAGUAGGCAGUAGCAGUGGUGGUGGAGUAGGCAAUGGCGGUGGUGUAGGAAAUGGAAGCGGUGGUGUAGGAAAUGGAAGCGGUGGUGGGAUAGGCAAAGGCGGAUAUGGAAGAGACAUGGUGGAUAAUUUACGGAUGAACACUGUGUCUUGA